AUGGAGAAGCUGAGUGGCCCAGCAUACAUCCCAAAUCCAUUGACGUCUCCUGCCCUUAUGGUACUAGCAUCAACUGCUGAGGCUGCACGUUCCACUGCUUCUUCUCCUGGACCAAUGAGCGACUACCAUGCAAUAUACUCAUCGCCAUCAAACCGCUAUAUUGAUGGCGAAGCUGUGCACAGAAUGGUGUUGAAUUCAACCCACUACCAGCAUCGAUCCUCUCAUCUUGCUCUCUACCCUGGCUCAGAGCAUUACACUGAAAGAAUGCCUCACGAAUAUGGACCACAUUUUAUUCAAAUGCAUCACCACUUAGGUGGAGGGCUUCUCCACAAAACAAGUGGGCCCACUGCUGUAUUCAAUGGCACUGGUGCAUUCCGCAGGGUUGUGCCACCUGAACAUGCUUUCCCUUUUCACCAUUUGCAACAUCCACGAAACUUGCUGGAACGAGAACACCAUGUCGAUAGCUUGUACAAAAACUCUGAACUAGAUAAAGAAACAAACUUAGAAAGGGGUUUGAAGGACAGGAUUUCUCCGAGAAAACCUGAUAAGGAUGGUGAAACACGACUGAUUGGAGAUCAAACAAAAAGCCCCAGCCCAAUGAGAAGGGCCAGCUCGCAUGAUGAGACUGAUAACAGUAAUAUUGAGACUGUAAACAUCAAGAGAGAACACGCGGAUCAGAUUGAGUGCUGUAAAGGUAGUGAAGCUGAAGAUGAUGACAGCAAUGGGGAAAUGCAAUCUAAAGGCAAGUAAAAGAGAGUACUUACAUUAUUAUUUUUUACAUGUAUAUUAAAAAUAAAUUGAAUUUCAUUUUGAACUCUUCCAUUUAGAAGGUGAUUUAACCAGAAGUUAAUUUUUUGUCUGGUUUGUAAAUUUUAUUACUAUGACACUAAGCAUCUUAAAUCAUCUGGUCAGAAGGAAGCUUUGUUAAAUCUGGUUAUUAUGCAGCGACAGCCAAAACAUUCUAGAUGAUUUUGUUUUUGGUGUUUUUAAUUGUGAGGUGUUUGGAAAAUUCACAGCAUUUUAUUGUCGGAAAGUUCUCCUGCUAAAUGGUUUUAAAAUUCAUGGUGAAAAGCGCUAAAAAGCAGUUUAUUUAUUGAUAAAUAUGUGUAAUACUGCCAGAAAUUGUUGAGUUAAAACAGAAGAUUAAAAUAAAAUUUUUUUCCAUCCUGCUUUAACUCCACUUCUUAGAAAUCAGUCCUGAAGGUAUUUUUGAACAUUUUCAAACUAUUGUGACGUUAGCUGCUCAUUGUUGUUUGUUCAUCAUUUUCCUUUGAAAAACUGGUGCUCAUGAAUGAAAUGGAAAAUUAAGAGGUGUUUGGGGACCUGCAGAAAGAAAAAUAUUCCUGUUUGGGUGCCAAAAAUAAGAAAACAUGUCAACUGGUGCUGGUAAUCAAUUCAGUUUCACGAAAAAGGAAUAUAUUUUGCAGCUUGUAGGGAUUUGAAAAAUUAUUCCCUAUUAAUUUGCAAAUACACUUUUCAACCAGCCUCCCAGAUGUGUGGUAAUUUGAAUUUUGUUCAAAUCUAUUUCAAUAGAGUUGAUUCAUGGAGUGUUGGUGUUAGGGGAAGCAGGUCGGGAAAGAUGGUGUGAUUAAAUUUCCUGUGAAACUAGUGAUUAAAUUCAGCCCUUUCUUGCUUAUUGUAAAUAUUGAGAUAUGUUUGAAAUAGAUGAUUUGUAAUAUACUCCAACAGGACUCAAAAAGCAGAUGGUCAUUAACAUAACAAUGCUAAAUGCUUGUUGGCUCUUCUUGUUACCAUAGCAUAGAAAAGGACCCACUCUUUAUUCUCCUGUUUUUUAGCAAAUAAAUUGCACUUCCAAUUUAUGUUUUUUCAAGAGGAUUCUAAAGAAGCAAACUAGCUUCUUUACGGAAAUAAAAGUGUAAACCAUAAGUUUAACAUCUCUAAGUGAAGUGGUGUUGUUUAACUGAUAUAACAAGUUUCAUCUCCAUUUGCAAGUCACACCUGCAUGCUAAAUAGUUAUUCAUGCUGUCUGUUCUAUUGUCUUCCUCAUUUUUCCUAUUUGACUUAAAAAGAAGAGCUAAUUUCACAGAGGCUUGUUGUUUCUAUCGUGUUUAGGAUUAUCAGAUUUAAAUGACCAACAACAAAGUGUUUAGCCUGUACCUUUCUCAUUAAGAGUCGCCCACAACCAAUUCUUUUUGGAACAUUUUAUUUUUCAUAUUAACUUAGAAAUUUGAACUUUACUUGGUUAGAUGCCAAGUCACCUGAUACACUUUCUGUACUAUUUUUAAUUUUACAUCCAGUUUAAAUCAGUCGUAAGCUUUAGAUUUUUACUUAAACAGCCUCUUACAUUUUUCCUUUUUCAUGUAGAUAUAUCAAAUGAGAGCAGUUUCUAUUCAUUGUUUUGCUUUACAUUUCAAUUAAGUGCAGCAUUUAAUGUUUCUCCUCAUGGCCAAAGGCAGUUGUUGCAGUCUUUCAGUUUUAGUGUGCUCUACAAAAAAUUCUUUAUUUUUAAUUGUAUACCACAGUACAUUUACAACACUUGUCUGAAUUCUCACCAAACUGUCUGUAUUUUCUUGAAUUAAUGUCCCAGCCAUUGUUUUUUGUGGAUUAAUAUUCUCAAAGAGUUUUUUCACAUGUUUACACCUUUCAAUAAUGGGAAUAAUUUGUGAUUAUUACUAAGACAAGCAGAAGUUGCUCGCGCAGUGUAAGGUGAUCAUCUUUUCAUGUUGCUAACCUUUUCAUGUUUUUGUUUCACUCUUGCCAAAGCUGUGUGCUCAAAUUUAUUUUAUUGUCUUGUGUGGCACACGCAAAGCCUUGUUUAAGGAGAAAGAAAUUUUUGGUGGAAAAGAGAUUAGUUUCCAUAGCGUCUCCUUUGACACAAUGGUGUUCUUUAUAUGUCAAGUUUAUGACAAAAACAGAUGAAAAUUAUGUAAAAUAAGAUCUCCCAGGGAGAAUACCACCCUUGUUAUUAGCUUUUUCCAUAAAAUAUACUCACAUAUCAAAUAGACAGUGAAGGUGGUUGUUUACAAUGUUGGUGAAUAUUGACUCUGUGAUGUAAAAAUAGGUGUUGAGUGACUGUUCUGUGUUUACGAAAGAUGCUGAGCUCCUUCUUUUCUUGUGUUUGUUUGCAAAAGGAAGUUCUUAGACCAUGUGGUCAUUUUUCUAGUCAAAACUGUGUCUGACUCCUUUAGAACUAGAUAAUGUUAAUAUAGUAAGUUUUUUUUUCACUUCCCUUCCUAUUGUAGGCUUUAUAUUUGAUAUCUCUUAGUUACCAUUCUUCCUUCUUGAGAAUGUUGUUUGUAUUUAGCUACUCUGCUUUGCAGAGUGUUAGGUUUCUGGGUUCAUUAUCCUCUACUGUAUAUUUUCACCUUACAGGCUUUUGAAUGUCUUAUAAAGUUUUGCUCUGACUUGCUCUUGCUAUUCUGACCCCUUAAAUCCUGAUAGAGACCAGCAUGUAAUUUAUUCCCCCUUUUAUACUGUUGAAUCGUUCAUUAAAAUUGUAAGAAUAAAUUAAAGGAUCACCAACCUAAGAAGCUUUGAUAGUCCAACAAAUUCUCCUCGUCGGUAUCAAAGGAAAUAUAUAAGAGUAGAGUAUGGAAAAUUUGGAAGCUUUUAGGGUGUUAAAGUGUCUGAGUUAAAAGAAACAUCAGCUUUCUACAUACAGUGAUUUGUACACGUAGCAGCAAAUAAGGAGAGUCACUUCUGUUUUAGAGUUGAGGAUAUGUUUAUUUUGUACAUAUGUUAGUGUUUAAGGUUAUUCAGUAAGAUAACACAUUAACAAUAAAAGGAAGAAAAAUGCUUAAUUAUCAUUACUUUUGAUUCCAAGAUAAUAUCCUUUCACAUGGUGUUCUUUGUUUUGUGGCUAGUGUGAUGUAAGGAAGCCUAGUGUACAAAGUUUGCAUUAGUAGUUGAAAUCAAUCUAUACCAACCACACACGUAGGUGUGACUAGCCUGUGAUGUGAUGGUUAACCAGUGGAGGAAUAGUCAAUUAACACAUGUUUUUGUAGCUUUUACCUUUCUAUUGGUUAUAGAGUUUUUUUCUUAACCUUUUGCUAAAAAAUGGUGGUUGUGUGUACCUCAUGUAAUUGCUACAAGAGCUGUGUUAUCACAGUAUUCUGAGUUCUUUGUUUUGUUUUGUUUUGUUUUUUUUCCACCAAAGAAAACUACUGGCAAAUUACAGAUCACUGUGUUUAAUCAAUUAAUCUAUAUCAAAAGAAUAUUGAGCAGACAAAUGAUGAAAAUUAAAAAAAUAUCAAUUAGGGGAUUAUUAGUUGAUCCAAAACCAAAUUCUCCAUACUAACAUUAUAAGAAUUGUUUGACAGACAGAAAAGAGAAUUACAAAUGAAUCUUGGGAUUGUAAGGGUUAAGGACCCUGGGUGCUUUGUUACUUUUCCUUUAAUCUUUAAUACAAAGUCCAAAUUACAGUACAUCACACAAUGCAAUCCAAUGAAUUUGAUGUAAUUUGGUAUUAUCAACUGAGUUAAUAACGUAAAUUGGCCACUGUUAAGAGUCUUGAAGCUGACUUUUCGAGCUUUCACCCUUUGACUGAGGGAAUGAGCUAGGGCUAAAGCUCAAAACAUCAGCUUUGAAAACUCUUAAUGGUGGCCAAUUUAUGUUAUCAACUCUGUUAAUAAUGCCAAAUUACCUUGUUAUACUCUCCCACUGAUGUAGCACCACAGUUUCUUUAGAAACUUACCCUUUUUGUUCAAUGAAUUUGAAGAAGCUUAAAAGAGAGUACUAGAUUCCUUAAUGUAAGCCUACUUGGUGAAUCCAAGUUUCUAAUAGUUAGUGAUUUACUUAGUCAAAAAAGUGUCAAAAGUCACGGUGUGAUUUGAGGGUGAUAUUAUAGGGAGAAAUUAGAUGCUGAUCACUCUUAGAGGUUAAAGGGUUAAUUGAAUAAAUAGGGUAUGAACACAUGCAAACUGCAGUGAGUUACUGAAAAUAUAAUCAAUCAUAUUGUUAUUGGUUUUGGUUUUGCAUCUGAUUGGUUUAGUGGAUGGCACAAGUUUUUGAUAUCACACAGAGCAUAGUAAAGAAAGUGUAUGUGAUCCUAGGUUACCUCCUUUUCUCAAUUAUCACUUUUCUCUUAACUAAGUUUAUAACACAUUUCUCUCUUUUUUUAUCAACCUCAGGAAGACAGAGGUCAUCUUCAAGUCAAGCACCAUGUUGUCCUGUCUGUGGCACUAGCAUCAGACCAGGUGAAAUGGAAAGUCACUUUGCUUGGGAAAUGGAGAGAUUCUGUGAAGAAAACAGGUUAGUUUCUGGGUUAUAGAUAAUGCUGUUUCUCACCAUUACCAAAGAGCAAAAGUGUGGCAAGGAAUUUCAACUUAAGAUUGCAAGCUGUGUUUCAAGACCAAGCAGACUGACUUUAGAUAAAAGGCAAAGGAGAAGUCCAUACUUGAGCUGAGUAGCCUGUCCAGCUGGAGGUUAUCUUGGUUGCCAUAUCAUGAAACGAGAUAGGAGUACUCCAUCACAAAGUUAACCCCCCUCCAGCACUUCAUCGGACUUCCCUAAUAAUUUGCUGCUACUAAUUUAUACUCCUGGGUGGAGAAAUGCACUGUAAAAGUUAACCCUGUAACUCCCAGAAGUGAUUAACACAUACCUUCUCCCCAUAAUAUCCACACAUUAUCCAGCAGAAGGGUAGUGUGAACACUCAGACUUAUCUGAUAGAAGUUGUCAUCUUGAUUUAACACCAAAUUCUCGUUACUAAUCUACAAGUAAACAUGUAGCAGCUAGAGGGGAGAAUCAGCAAUCCGAACACAACCUAAUGACUUGGCCAGGUUUAAACCUGAACCUCUCAACCCAUAGACCAGCUCAUUAACCAAUGAACCAUCUCCAAUAAAAGGGAAUCACUUUAAAAAAAAGUCAGCGACAUUUUUAUACUCUAAUUUGCUCUGAUUUUGCAUUUUUUUUUUUUUUUACAGGAAACCGAGAAGAAGUCAAAGAGAAUCUGCUUUACAAGCAAGGAAGGUAAGUGUGCACCACACUUGCUUGUAGCUGUUCUGUUUUUGUUUGGAAUUCAGCAAGCUUAUGUAUUACCAUGAUAGUGAAAGGAAUCAUUUUGAAUUCAACGACCCAAAAUAUCAACAUGGAUUUUUGCAUUUUUUUUUUUAGAAUGGGGAAACUUUCCAAAAGAAAGUGAAGCAAGAGGGUAAACGUGAUCUCCACCAUCGACAUGAUGACACACCAGCCAGUACGAGACAACAGGUAAGUGCAGUAAAGGUUAUUGAAUUUUCAUAUUUUAACCCUUUCACUUCAAAGAUGUAAUUAGUAAUUCUUCUUACUGUCUGUCUUACAAUCUAUUGAUAUUAUUUGGGAGAAUUUAGUAUUGGAUCAACUUAAAGUCCCCUAAGUUAUAUUUUGCUUUAUUCUUGUCACUUUUCUACUUGAUAUUUUACUGAUAUUGUAAGGAGAAGUUUUCUCUUGGUCACUCAUGGGAGUUAAAGAAUCGAGCUGUGAGAUUGCUCUUCUUGCAGAGAUGGCUGACAAAGAAAAUAAUGGUAGCAGCAUUAAGAGGGUGCUUCACUGUAAGCACCAAGAGUUGUUAACCCUUUAAAUCCCAGAAGUGAUUCACGAGUAACUUCUCCCUGCAAUAUCCAUGCACUAUCCAGCAAACGGGUAAUGAGAAUACUCAAAUGUAUCAGGUAGAAAUUGUUAUCUUAUUCUAGCUCCAAAUUCUGGUAACUAAUUUACAAGGAAAUGUGUAACAGCAAGAGGGGAGAAUUAACAAUCAGAUCUUGGGAGUGAAAGGCUUAACUGAAAUGAUGUAGCAAAGAUUAUCAUACAUACAUGUACUGUUACUCUCAUUAACUGAAAAUUCUUUUAUUAUCAACAGACAUAUUUGCGAGUGUGUGCAAACAGAAUGGCAAGAAGUGGCCGCUCAAAUUCUCUCAAACCUACAAGGUCCAGAAGUUCUCAAAGUAUGCCAUUCCUUAAAAAUGUCACAAAUAUUAGCUCUUCAACCCCAAGAGUAACUAUUUUCUAAUUUUUCCUCACAGUAUUACCACUGAAUAAAAUAUUAGGGUCAUAAGAAGGAAAAAAAUGAUAGCCAGCUUAAGAAGUUCUUGAUCGUUAAACAUAUUUACCAUGUCUUUGUCAUAGGAAACUUAUAGAGAACAGUAUGGAGAAUAUGCAUACUGAUGUUUAAGUGUAAAGGGUUCAGUUUGAUGGAUAGACCAGAGUUAGUUGGGGUAGUUUGUCCUGUGGCAAUGUAGCUGGUAGAUCUGUAUCCACUUUUGGUUUUCACACAAAUGUCAUUGCACUCCUAAUUUAUACAAGUAAUUCUCUUCAAAUUUGUUCAAAUUGGUGGACUUUGAGGAAUGUAAAAAAGUUACAUAUGUGUAAUGGACUUCAGAAUGGGGAAAAAUACAACUGUGACAGUCUCAAACUUUCAAAUUCCAUGGGAAGUUUAGAACUUCCUUGGAACAAGAGGCUCAUUAGGCCUUCAGAACCACCCACCUUUAGUUCUAAACUACCCAGUUGAAUGAUAUUUUGUUGAAACUGCUGGAUAUUGUGGUGUAGAUUGAUGUAUCCUGGUACAAGGAAAGUGUAACAGCAGAUUGGCCUGAUGCUGUUUUUGCCAGUGAUAAUUGAAUUCAAUCAGCCUGCCAUCAUGAAACGUGUGUAAUUGUGCAUGACUAGUGACUCUACCUCUUUGAUAUGUUGUUAAGGAUGGCUUUUGUGCAGUGUUUUUCCAUUUCCUUACCUUCUUGCUCAUGCCCACAGGCUCCCCAGUGAACUCACCUCUAGCUGGAGAGGAAGGACCCUCAGGAAUCAAGACCACCACAUGUCCUGUGUGUGAAGAAGUCAUCCAUGGGAAUGGAGAUGAGUUAAAUUCUCAUGUAGAAGCUUGCUUAAGAAAGGUGAAUACCACUGUAACAGAGUAACUGAUUAAUGUUAGAUGUUGAAAUGAAAAUGGUUAGCCUUUCAUUGGUCAGAAGGCACUGUUGUUUGUUGGAAGUGCUAGUUACCCCACUUGUGAAGUGCCUCUCCUAUCCAAAGGGGAAGGACUUACGAGCUUCAAAGACUGAAUAUGGACUAAACCCUUUCACAAGGGAUAGCAACACUUUGAAGUUACCCACACAGCAGAGGGUGGAUGUAUUUAACCAACUCCUAGAAGUAAUGAACACGUAAUUAUUCCCCGUAAGAUCCAUACAUUAUCCAGCAAAAAGGUUAUGAGAAAAUUCAAACUUAUCAGGUAGAAAAUGUUUUCUCGAUGAAACACCAAAUUUUCACAAAUAAUUUACAAAGAAAUGUGUAUCAGCUAGAGGGGAGAAUCAAAUCUUGGGAGUUUAGGAGUUAACUAUGCUCCAAGGCUCAUAUAAAGUAAGAGGUAAUGUAACUCCUUUCUCUAAAGAACAAUGGUUGUAUUUCUUUCUGCAGAAGGAAGGCAGGGCUGUUGAUGACAUUGAUGAUGCCAAUGGUCAGGAUGUUUUCGAAGAAUACGAGUGGGCUGGACAAACAAGAAUACGAGCUACAACUCUGUUGGAAGGUGGCUUUAGAGGUAGAGUUUUUUCACUUUCUAAAGGGUUAGGUAAUAUGCUUUUUGUUGACAGGAUUUAAGGAUAAACACAAUUUUUUGUUGUGAUGGGUGAAGAAGUUACCAAAAAAUGGCAGUUUUUGUAAGAUUAGGAAAACACAUAGAAAAGGGAAGAUUAGAAUGAGCUGCCAAAUGUUUAAGAAGAUUUGCAAUCAUUGUAGACGACAAACUUUAAUAUUAGAGGAAAUAUUUUUCAAAACGCACAAAUGUGCAUAUUGCUCGACUUUCUUUUUAAUUGACUUCAUGUUGUUUGUGAAAGCUCAUAUGCAAAAUGUUAAAAUUUGGUGGUAUAUAAGUUAUGUUGUUUGUUUUUUCAGCUUCAGGCUUUCAAACAGGUAUUAAACGGAAAAGGGAAGAGGAGGAUGAUGGAGACCUUGACAUAGACGGAGAUGAUUCCGAAGAGUAUGGCAAACCUCAGUAUCCUAUAGAAUGUUGAUUUUUAAAUAGGUGACCAUAACUCCAUGUGUGGGGGAUCCAGGAUUUAUUGUCCUUCUCUCUGUCGAGGAGUAAUAAAGGGUGGCAACAAUCUUAGGGAGAUACCUAAUCAAUAAAUUGACCAGCAUUUAGGUUUCACCUUGUGGUAUCAACCCAAAAUCAAAGAUUAAAAAAUGAUCACCAGGAAAAAGGGUCUUGAUUGUUAGACAAAUUCACCUUUUUAGUACCCUGGGAAAUGUAAAGAAAGCAGUAUGAAGAAUGUACAUACUGAUGUUAGGGUGUUAAGGGUGAAUGUAACCUGCAUACCAUCCAAAAGGAGUUGCAAUACUCUUGGUCAUGUCUUGGUUUUAUUAGAAAGUUAGAUAAGCUCUGCCAGUCAGUUUUGCAUAUUACACUGUAGCUGUACCUUUUUACAUGUACAUUAUAUAUCAAUUAGACAGGCAUUUGUUCAGUAUUGUUCAAGGUUUCAGUAAUAAGAACUGCAAGGUUUCAAUUGUAAAGAAAGAUCAGUUACUGCAUGAAUUAUGAUGUUUUGUAUGAUGUAUUACAUUGUGAAAGGAGAAAACAGUGGUGUUUGCCAUUCCUUAAUUUAUGAUCUAAUGAAACAAGGUACACAGAAGCAGAUGUAAUUCCUUGUGGUGCUGAUGAACCUGAUGAAGAUAAUGUCAGACAGGCUCUUAGGGGAGCAGUGAUCAGGUUAGUUCUGUUUACAUUACUGACAAAUCUCACUGUUAGCACAAUUCAAUUUGGCAGCCUACUCAGUUCAGACAGAACAUACACCUAUUUAAUUUUCUGAUGACAACCUUAAUUGUGUAUAAAUGUAUUCUUAUUUGUAUUAUUGCAGUGGUGAAAAUUCUCCUGUUGAGAAAAAAAGUCCAAUGAGAGAACUGCCCUCUGAGGGUCAAACAGGUACAUGAUACGCUAUUAUUGUAUUUUGGAAUUGAUUUGUAAAAAUUACCUUUUUCUGCUCAAUUGUGUCAGUUUUGUAUAUGUCUGUGUGAGUAGUAAACAGGUUUGCUUUCGAUUUUACUCUAGAGGAUAAUUCCAUGCAAACAAAAGCUGACAAACAUAGUGAAGAAAAGGAUCAUGAGUAAGCAUACAUAAUCAUCUUCAUGUUAAUCUAUGGUGCUUGAUAUAAUGAUAUUAUUUUGACCCAUAAAAUAAGUUAUGCACAGUGUUCUCUGUUAUAAAUCAUUAUUUAUUGGUGAUUAUAUCAUGUAAACCAUUAAGCUUAUUGGGUUUUGUUAAAGGUUUUAGUAUAUACCACAUAAGUGGGUAGUGCUUUUCAUUUGUGCUGAUUGGCUAAUUUGGAAGUGAAUAGCUAGUAGUAUUAACCUCCAAGCAGCUGAUUACACAAAAUCAUGCAUUGCAAGUUUAAUUUCUGAGCAUUUUUUGGUAUAUCGAAAGAAAUAAACUAAUUUUUUGGCAUCUGUGUGGUAUAUACUUAAAUGAUUAUUCACCUGUGCAUGCUUACCUCCACUUUGGUGAUUAAUUUUUGAUUAUUGUACAAGCCAAGGGAAUGAUACAAUGUGCUACAGUAUUUGUUAAUAAUAUCCUAAAAUGUUCAUUUUGUUGAGUACACUUGAAGCUAAACAUAAUCAUUUGUCUACCAUGUAAUUAAUUCUAAUGUGGAUUGUCAUAUUUUCACUUCCGGGGUGUCAAGAAAUGCUAGUUAUUACUGGCAGUCUAAUGCCGCCUGUAAGACCUCAUACCACUGUCUGUUUAGCCUGCAUGCAGGCUCUGGUGUUUGGGUUUUGUCUUAUGGCCCCCUUUCAGGCACAGCUGCCUAUUAGAUCAUCUCAGCUGCUUAAGGAAUAAGUUAUAGAAAUGCCUACACUACUUAUUGCUGGUCAUCUUCAGGCAAUAAGCUUGUCUGAAAAUGCAUCACCUCUUGGUAUUCAAUGGCUGCGAUUGGUGCAUUUUGAUUUGUUACUUUCAAAACUGUCUGCAACAGCAUGGAAUUGUGGUGGAUUUACUAAAUUUAGGCUGCACAUACCGUGUUUGUAUGCACGAGGCUUGUUUGGAUGAUUCUGUAGAAUUCUACUGAGUAUUUGCAUUAAUUGUCCCAGACUGUUACUCUGUUAGGCCAUAAAGUACACAUCAUGAUUAUCUUCAAAAGUUCAUGUAAGCAUCAUCUUGGGUAGUAUAAAAAAAUGUAUAAUUUUUGCUCAAAAGUGAAGCCAAUGGUAACAGGCCUGAUUUGCAUGCAUGAAAAUUUUUGAUUUGCAUGCAAGAAAAAUGAUCAAUUAUUAAUAUAUUUUAUUGGUUUUAGGACAGGUAACCCAGACCUGGUUAUCAGUUCUCUAAAGGUUCGCAUAAAGGAAAUGGUAGGUGCAGUAAUUUGAAGCUGGUAUGGUAAUUAAAAUACACUCAGGAUAAUAAGGUCAACUGUGACAUCCUCCCAAGUGAUUUAUGAGAGUUGUUUGAUUGUCCAAACUUGAGAUAAACCCAAGGAAUAUGAAUUAAAGUUAAAAAGUAUUGAGUUUCAUUAGAAGAGAAACUUAAAUUUGUCAGUAAGCUAAGACUGAGGAACCUAGAAACAGCAUUUAUAAACCAUUAACCAAUUUCCCUUUAACCCCUAAGAAUGACUAGCAUCUGAUUCUGAUUUCUCUUUAAAAUGUCACCUCUGAAUAAAAUAUUAACGUCACAAGAUUGAUUAAAGGAAAUGAUCACCCACUAAAAAGCCCUUGCUUGUUAAACAAAUUCUGUGUGUCAGAGCCUUGGGAAAUGUCCAGAGAACAGUAUGGAGAAUAUGCAUACUGAUGUUAGGGUGAAACGGGUUGAGAAAUAGUCCUUAAUGACACAAAGGGUUGUUUAAAAAAGGAACAUGACAAGAGGGGCACUAGCUUGUGUUGCUGGUAAUUUUGUGUAAACUGUACAAUUUUCUGUGUGCUGGGUGAUAAGUGGUAAAACCACAAUUGUAAAAAAAAUAAAUAAAACUAUCUGCCAUGCCAAGACUCUAGUAGCUUCACUCCUUCUUUCUUUGGGGCACACAAUGUCAAAACUGCCAGCUAUGCAGUCUGGCUUGGCACCAUUUUUUCUGUCUUCAAAAAAACAAUUUUUAUUUCUAAUUUCCUCUUUUCCUUUUAUCCUGAUAGGAAAUGAAGAAAUUUGAGAAAAUGAAGUGUUUGAUAUGCAUGGUUGGUAUUUGGUUUAGUUGCAUGUUCCAUUUACACUGUAUGAUUGUGCCGAGUUGCAAUUUCUUCCUCAAUUUAAAUUAUAUUCCUCUUUGUUUGUUUCAAACUCAUUGGCCUAUACUUAUUUCCUUGCAGGAACCCUACACAAAUCCCUUGGCUUCGAUAUCUUGUUGGCAUGUUCACUGUGAGGAGUGCUGGCUCAGAACUCUGGUAAGGUAGCUCCUUAGUGUAUAUCAAAUACAAUUUCUCUCUUUACAUGUUCACUUAAAUUGCCUUGAUUUUCCUUAAGAGGAUUUUAAUAUUAAUCACCCGCUGAUUCUCUGUUAUUUCUUUAGGGUGCUAAGAAGUUGUGUCCGCAGUGCAACAUGAUUACAUCGCCAUCUGACCUUAGGAGAAUUUACUUAUAAUAUGAUCACUGGAUUGUAGUGAAUGCCUUGCGAUGUGUGUCAUGCUUUCUGGAAUGUAUUCAAAACUGAAAUGAAGUGAAGUUGAAGUGCUACUGGAAACAUCACAGGAAAUGGCGAAACAGUGAACAGUUUGUACAUUUUUUGAAAUCCCAAAAUUUGAAAGUAACGAAAUGGUGUAUUGCGUGACCAGUUCGUGACUAGCGUGACUUUCGUAGAGGUUUGCAAGCUAAGAAGUGCUCAACCUCUUCUUCUCCCAUAAGUAAAUCGACAGAAUUUUUCCUUACAAUGUCUAUAAUAUCAAGCAGACAAUCGAUGAGAAUGAAAAAAAUAUCAAUUAAAGGAUUAAUAGUUGAUCCAAUACUGAAUUCUCCCAAAAUACGUAAGAGUUGUGUGGCAGACACGUAAGGAAUUACUGGUGAAAUUUUGGGAGUGAAAGAGUUUAUGCAGUCCCAUUCACAAACAAAUGGUUACCUGGUUAAUUUAUAAACAAAGUUGUCGAAAGCAAAGUAGAACUGCCUAACGAGGAACAAAAUUACUUUAGUUAUCUACAAAUCUCCCAACUUUUGAUCUGCUUUGAUUCAAGUAUUUCUUUGGGACGAAAUUUGUCAAACCACUUUAAUAUUUUACAAUUAUUGUAGUCUGAAAGAAAACUAUGAAGAAUUUGGAACCAAACGUAACUGAAUAAAAUUUCUUUCGAAAAGAUUUCUUUCCAAAAGAACAGAUCCAGUACGAGAUGAAAGCACAUAUCAUGUAGCUAAUUUAAAGUUUACGUGAAGAUAUGGCUCACAACGUCCACCAAUUCAGAAUUGACUGACUAUUGUGGUCAUUCCUCGUUACAGCUUCCCGUUUCGUGAUAUCCAUUCCCGUUGCGUGACAUGGCUAGUAGUAGGUUUUAGAGUUUAACCGCGCAAAAUUUAUGAGCAAAAUUAUGCGGAUCUUAGCGCCUUAGUGUUUUCAGCUCAAUCGAUAAAUUAAUUUUUGUUUUAGCAACCCGAAUUUCAGUAUACACAUUCUGUAUAGUUGAAUUUAUUGGUGAAAGAAAGAGUUGUUUCUAAGUCUCACAAGAUUUGUAUAAUGAUGUAAAUGAAACGAGCUAAAUGUAAUUUAAUGUAUUUAAAAGAGUGCAUCGAAUAUUGAUAAUGAUAUUUAAAGAACUAAAAUUGUCAGAAAUAAGAGUUGCAUUAAAUUUUUUUGCAAGAUUUUUAUAAUUUGCAUUUAGAAGAAGUUUGGCGAGACAAUCACUUAAAAGCUUCUGGAAAGUACAGGAGACGAUAGGUAAAUAUUAAAGUAUUGUCUUGAAGUUAAGUGAAUUAAAAAUUUGCACC